CACUUCUGCACCUCUCGAUCACCUUCUUCUUCAGCACACAACAUGGCUGAGACAACGACGCGGGACGUCAACAACCACGUCCUCUUUGAGGUUGCGACUGAGGUUGCGAACCGAGUUGGCGGUAUCUACUCGGUCCUCAAGUCCAAGGCCCAGGUCACCACCGCCGAGUAUGGCGCGUCCUACACGCUCAUUGGGCCGUGGAACAGGGCAUCUGCCUCGGUCGAAGUUGAGCCGAUAGAACCCAAAGACCCGGCUCUCGUAGCCACCAUCAAGUCGAUGCAGGAUCGCGGCGUCCAGACCCUGUAUGGACGAUGGCUGAUUGACGGCGCACCACGUGUGCUCCUCUUCGACACUGGCACGGGCUACAGAUGGCUCGACGAGUGGAAGGGUGAUCUGUGGUCGAGUGCUGGCAUUCCUUCGCCGCCGGGCGACUCGGAGACCAACGAGGCCAUUGUCUUCGGAUACCUUGUUGCAUGGUUCCUUGGCGAGUACGUCUUCCACGAGAAGAAGCGAGCCGUCAUUGUUCAGUUCCACGAGUGGCUCGCAGGUGUUGCGGUCCCGCUCUGCAAGAAGCGCCGCAUCGAUGUGACCACCAUCUUCACCACGCACGCUACCCUUCUCGGUCGCUACCUGUGCGCGGGCUCUGUCGACUUCUACAACAACCUGCAAUUCUUCGAUGUAGACGCCGAGGCAGGAAAGCGCGGCAUCUACCACAGGUACUGCAUCGAGCGCGCUGCCACCCACGCCGCCGAUGUCUUCACCACCGUGUCGCACAUCACCGCAUACGAGAGCGAGCAUCUUCUGAAGCGAAAGCCAGAUGGUGUCCUGCCCAAUGGUCUGAACGUCAAAAAGUUCUCGGCCACGCACGAGUUCCAGAACUUGCACCAGCAGGCAAAGGUCAAGAUCAAUGACUUUGUACGUGGACAUUUCUACGGCCACAACGACUUCGAUCCAGAGAAUACCCUCUACUUCUUCACUGCCGGUCGCUAUGAAUACAGGAAUAAGGGUGUCGACAUGUUCAUCGAAUCAUUGGCGCGAUUGAACCACAAGAUGAAGAGCGAGAACUCCAACAUGACAGUUGUCGCCUUCAUCAUUCUUCCCGCACAGACACAAUCCUUGUCAGUCGCCUCCCUCAAGGGACAGGCUGUCAUCAAGUCUCUGCAUGACACUGUCAACAACAUCGCCGAGAAUGUGGCCAAGAAGCUAUUUGAACGCUCUUUGACUUGGACUGAAGGCCAGGAUCUGCCAGAGGACAAGGACCUCAUCUCGCCCGCAGACAAGAUCCUCCUUCGUCGGCGAUUAUUUGCCAUGAAGCGACACGACCUGCCGCCGAUUGUCACUCACAACAUGGUCAACGACGCUGAAGACCCAGUACUGGCUCAGCUCCGCCGCUGCCAGCUGUUCAACCACCCCUCGGACCGUGUCAAGGUUGUUUUCCACCCCGAGUUCCUGAACUCGGCGAACCCAGUACUUCCCCUCGACUACGACGACUUCGUCCGCGGAACUCAUCUUGGUGUUUUCUCAUCGUACUACGAGCCAUGGGGCUACACUCCCGCCGAGUGUACCGUCAUGGGAGUACCAAGUAUCACCACCAACCUGUCCGGUUUCGGUUGCUACAUGGAAGAGUUGAUUGAAAACGCCUCCGAUUACGGUAUCUACAUUGUUGACCGAAGAAUGAAGGGUGUUGACGACUCUGUAAACCAGCUUGUGGACUACAUGUUCGACUUCACCAAGAAGAGCAAGCGCCAGCGCAUCAACCAGCGGAACCGAACAGAACGCCUGAGCGAUUUGCUUGACUGGAAGCGCAUGGGUCUCGAGUACGUCAAGGCGCGACAGCUCGCUCUCCGCCGGGCCUACCCCGGCUCGUACGAGGAUGAUGAGGAACCCGACUUUUUCGGCUCGCAAGAAGUCAAGAUCUCACGACCGCUGUCUGAGCCCGGGUCGCCGCGUGACCGAUCCGGCAUGAUGACGCCUGGUGACUUUGCCUCGUUGCAAGAAGGCCGCGAGGGCCUGAGCACCGAGGACUACAUUGCGUGGAAGCUUCCUGAGGAGGAAGAGCCCGAUGACUUUACGUUCCCGCUCACUCUCAAGACGAAGAGUAAGCCUAAUUCAGGCGCCAACACACCCACCAUCAUUAAUGGUACCGAUGGUCUCAGUCUUAACUAAGAUUUGUGUGUAGGGUGACUUGACCGCACGGCGAAGCGACGUGUUUUUCGAAAUUGCAUUACUUGAGUUGUUUGUUUUUCCUUGGUUGUCGACAAUCGACAUGUCAAACGCGAUAUCUGCAUGAGGUAGAUGGGUCCCGGGCGAGGCAGUGUAUUUUAGGGAUGUGAAUAGUGAACUAUGUGACAGCGCUGAUACCAGUGCCAUGGA